CUUUGGGAGUAGGGGUGUGCGGCUGGCUCGUCCCGCCCCUGCCCCUGAGUGACAGGACCGUGGACAGCAACAUUUCCCACAGGACACGAAGUUUGUCGGCCCUUGCCUUGGCAGAGCUGAGUUUCUGGAGGCUGCCCACAUUCCUUGGCUUAUGGCCCCCUUCUUCCAACGUCAAAGCCAGCAACAUUGCAGCAAUCUGACUUAUUUUGUUGUCACAUCUCCUGACCACACCUGGAAGGGUUAUCUACUUUUGAAGACACAUCCAGAUAAUUCAGGACAGUCUCUCCAUUUUGAGGUUCUUCAUUGAAUCAUGUCUGCAAAGUCCCUUCUGCAAUCUAAGUAAGAAAAAUCACCAAGAAUAUUAUUUUUGGUAUUUGGAAUUGAAUUUGCCAGGAAUGCAAGCACUGCUACCUAACUAAAGACCUUGGCUUUGGAAACAUCUUACCCCUUGGCAGCUCUCCAGAGUUUAGACUUGGCAGCAUCAAAGACACAACUCAAGCAAUAUGAAACAGAAAAACAAGCUGGUUGGAUAGCUGUCCUCCAUGCAGUCAUUCAUGAUCCAGGCUGUCAUCAUCUUCAUCACAUCAUGUUCAGAGUUACCCUGGAGGUCAUCUCCAUUUCAUCCAGAUAAAUGAGUAUGCAAGGAAAGUUUUAUAGCAGGCAUUUUGGAGAUCAAAGAUGGGUAGAAAAGAUGCUGCUACUAUAAAACUUCCUGUUGAUCAGUACAGAAAACAAAUUGGUAAACAGGAUUAUAAAAAAACUAAACCUAUUUUACGAGCAACCAAAUUAAAAGCAGAAGCAAAGAAAACAGCAAUAGGCAUAAAGGAAGUUGGCCUUGUACUUGCAGCCAUAUUGGCACUACUGCUGGCUUUCUAUGCUUUCUUUUAUCUCAGACUCACCACGGAUGUUGACCCUGAUCUGGACCAAGAUGAAGAUUAGCUAGGCAACAAUCAAUGCGUGAAAGAGAAAUAACUUUACGAAAGCACCUUUUGGGACCAAAACUUUCAAUACUGAAACUGUAACAUCUUUAAUUCUUUCUGCUAAUAUUUUCAGUUUGCAGACAUAUAAUUUUUAAUAGUUGCAUAGGAUGUCAAGAAAAGAACCUUACCUAGCAAUGCAGUAUAGUAUGUGCUACUGGAUACUUUUAUAUAUCUUUCUGCUUUGACAGCCACCCUAUACAUGAUACAUUUAGAUGAAAUGGAAACGAGAUCCUAAAUUUUUCAAAUGUCAUUGCCAAUUUAUGUGUAUAAUUCCAUCACUUCCCGAUGACUAAGUCUAUUUUUGUUCUAUAUACAUCAUAAGUUAGUAUAUAUUCUUAUUUACAGAAACAUACUCAAAUCACAUUAAGAAAGAACAAAAAGUCCUGGGAAAUUUUUUAUUUUACAACAAAGCCCUGCUUUCUUUCUGGACGUAUUUUAUAUCAUUAGAGAGACUAUCUGCACAUACAUCUACCGUAAUCUUUUUCCUUCUUUGCCAACUGUUCAGUGCACAUGUGCUCCAUCAGAAAUGGCACCUGGAUGACAGAAGCUCAAAGAGUCACAUAUGUCUCUAAAAUAGAGUUCUUUUCCUCUUGGGCUGUCUGAACUGGUGUAAAUAGAAGUUCAGUUGAUCUUGGUUUUAAUUAACUUAUUACUCUAUUAAUAUAACCUUAGAAUUCUAUUUUAAUUAUGUUGUUCUGGCUGCUUGUAGUAUCAGUUUUCCCCUCUUGUUAGGGAGAUAUGUAACAAUCUGUCAUUUAAUUGUGCAGUCUUUUUCACAUUACAGCAAUAGCAAAAAUCCUACCUACUCAGAAUCAUCUUCUUAGCUUGUCUCCUAAAUCUGAACAAUACAGUUGUUUUAUAAAAUUAAAUUUUGCCUCUUGAGAGUUAAUCAAUUAGAACUCUUUAGGGAGAAAAUAAAUAAUAGAAGAAAAUAUAUGCCUCAUAUUUCAUAUGUAAUUAUCUAUUGAUAUAAUUUUUCAAUGUAUUUUGUAUUUGUGGGAGCAUAAUGACCUGUACAUUCAAUAUUUUUACUGGUAAUUCAAUUUUUAAAUGUGUUUUUACAAUGCUUGAACACAUAAAGCUUAGAAAACUGGAAAAUAUGUGUCCGCAGAAAGAGUUAUUAGCUACUACCUUAUGUAAAGAUACAUAGAAAAUGAAAUUGUUAGAAACAUGUGCACAAAGUGUUUUAUAUUAUAUACAUUGUAUUUAUGAAGAAUAAAUAAAAUAUUAAGAUUGUUUUCCUACUAGCCAAGAGAAGAAAUCCUUGGGAAAUAUCUGAGGAGUAUAUGGGGCUUCAUAAGCACUGUUUCUAAAAGAUAUUCUUUGGUACUUUUGCAAAAAGUCGAAUGUGACUGCGUAGCACUAUGUUCUGUAGAAUUUUUUUCAAGUAGCAUAAUUUAUUUCAUUGGUGUGAAAACAGCCAAAGGUUCCAAUAUCCUCACAAAUCAUUUAUGCCAAACAUCUGAGGGCAAAAUUUAGCCAGUGUUAUUUACUAGAUUCUUCCCUUUGAACUCACAAACUCAAGAGACAGACCAAGAGUUCUUAUAUACUCACCACAGCGGACCAAUCCAAGUGGCAUUUUUAGGAAAGGUUGCAGCAUUUAAUGCCAUGUGGUAAGUCUGUUCGUCAAGUGGGUGGCAAGGGAAUAUCCAAGCUGGCAUUUUGGAUAUGAUGGGCCUUUUACUUUCCUGAGUGACAUGCCACAUGUCAAGAAAUACUGCUCCCCACACCCCCCACUCCCAUCACAUUUACGUGAACAAUUUUCAUUUAGUUAUUUCCCCUUCCAUAUGGUGUUAAAAACAGUCGUAUUAAAUAAAGAUUAUUUCUAGUUUUUAGUGGUAAUUUAAAUGAGAGGAUAUGUAAUAAUUGCUUAUUAGAUACUUAUCCAAAUGAAAUAUAACAGAGUUUACAGUACAUAAAAUAGCUGAUUAUGUUCUUGGAAAUGUUUGAAAAUUCAUCAUCCUGAAAAAAACUUUACCAUUCUGUUUUACACUUGAGGUGUUUUUUGGGGAAAAAUGUUUUUGAUAACUAUUAAUCUAAAUAUAGUAUAAUUAUAGGCAAAUUUCACUGCCUAGUUUUAUUGAUAUCCUGAGUCUACAGCUAGUCUGUUCGUAUGACUGAUUGAUUUAUGAUAGCUCCAGAGAACCAUAAAUUUCAAAGGCUAAACUCUCUGAUUUUAGUAAAUAGCAGGUAAAGUGACACAAUAUAUGUUUACACAACACUGUUUUCAUGAAAUGCAAAUUUUGCAAAACUCACAUUAACUGGGAAGCAGCCAACCCUCUGUAGAGAAAUCCCAGAUUGGAAGUCUGGUUUGAAUCUUUGAAGACAGAAAGGUGAUAUCCGGCCUGCUGUUUUAAAGGGACCACACUUUUGAAUACCUACUGGUGUUUGGCAUAAAUCUGAGACUGGCACCAGACACAAAUUUUAGACAUGGGUAUUUUCCCUCCAAUAAUUCACUGCUCAGAGUAAUUUAGAAGACAAAAACAGAAAAAUCAUAAUGAUUUUUUAAAUGUUAGAAUAUGUUUGUUAACAUACUCUGCAAAACAAAUUUCAACUAAUGCAAUAGACUUAAAAUAUAGCCUAUGGAAUACUGUGAUUGAAGUUUGAAGGCUUGCUGGUUCUUAUUUUGCAUGCAAGUUUAGACAGGGUAAAGAAUGUAUAAAUUUAUUUGAGACGAGAUACAGUAUUGUAAAAAUAUAACCUCAUCUAGAAUUUCUUUUAAAACAACCAAAAGCCUAUUUUAGUACAAAUGUAGGGUGGGUAGUUGUUUUAAGGUGGCAAAAUACUUCAAGAUUUUUUAUCUUUUUAAUUUUUCAUGAAGACAGAAGAAAUACUUUUACCCCAACCAAUGACUGUAAGAUCUUGAGCGUAUGUUUUUACUCAUUUCUGUAAUUGCACUAGUGUAGUCAUCUGCAUAUAAAUUUAAUAAAUGCAUGUUAAAAUUUAAGUUGAUGCCUUUUAGUCCUCUCAGAGUCUGUCACAGUUUCUUUGUGUAAAGUAAAUGAUCAAAAAAUGUUUGAAUUUAAUAAAUAAAACUUAAAAAUCACAAUAUCAA